AAGAUUCAUUCAGUAGUCCUGAAAAUCACUCUAUCACUACUGCGCGCUUCUGAGUGAUCGGUAAUCAGUUUCAAAAUUUUGGUAUUUUUUCCGAUUUUAGUGUCAAAGACGAGAGAAAAGAGCCCAAAAUCUCACUUUGACAAUUGCCGAUUCAUAACCCCGUUGGAUACGUUAUCCAUUUCAACACAGAAGAUUGUUAUCAGUUUACGAUAGCAAUUUGUGAUUAAUAGUAAGCUGUGGCUCGAUUCCGAUAAUGUACAUUCAACAUGUGUUAGCAAAUAUUGAACUGUGCGGCAGUAGAAUUUAGGUUUUGUCAACAUGUUUCGUUCCAUAUUUGCCUGUUUGGGACAUAUCAUUCAGUUAAUCCGCAACAAUUUGAAACCUAUAAUCCUACUGACAUCGUUCGGAACUUGCAUCUGGUUGAUUGUGGAUACUACAAACCGACCGGAAUUUACGAGGCAUGGUACCACUGAUCCAAGUGACAUUCGAAACCGAUGGAACGAGAAAUCCGUGCAGACUUUUCUUGACAUGUUGGAUAUCGAACAAAACGUGACAGACUUGGCCCUUCAAAGUGAACAAUGCCCUUUGAAGGACGAAAUUGUGUUUACAGCUUUCGUUGGGGACACUCUGGAAGAGGCUCUCUGGCAAUACUACACGCUAAUUGCAUUUGAGCAGACUAGUGUGCUUCGAAUUAGGCCACUGUUACCUCGAACUACAAAACAGAAGCUAGAAUUGCUGUUUCAAACAGUUCCUAUGGACAUAAUGGACGAUUUGCCGUUCAGCUGUUACGAUAUGGGAAACGCUGUGAUACUAACUAGUGCAAUGGAUAUUCCAGAACCUGAAAGAAGCGAUGAAAUAUAUAUCAUUGAUAGAGGAGCGCGUCGCUAUAUGGAUGUAGUUUCAACACAUUGGAGGAAAAUGAUGCAAGCGCUAUACCCUGCCGACGUAGAAUUGGCGACAAAUCAUCUUCACGAGCUUCGCAAUCGACGGACUGCAAGUAAUACCUCUGAGGUAGAAUUCGUAGGAAUCUACAUUCGACGUGAAGACCGGUUACCGUUCGAUUAUUAUUAUCGAGCAAUUACUUUCCAACGGAAACUUCACGCAGCAAUGCUUAUUUUUGUUGUAGCUUGUGAGGAUCCGGAGGGAAAUUUGUGCAGUAAAAUUAACGCACCGGCAGAAGAAGUAUAUGUCCACAGUAGUCGUGAGACUAGUGAUUCUGGCCGAGACUUUGCAAUGAUGUCCCUUUGUAAUCACACUAUUGUAUCCAACGAAGUUGGAAUCUUUCAUGCUCUCAAUAGCGAUGGUGAUGUGGUGGUUUACGAAUUCAGUGAACCGUCUGAGAAUGUUCGCUACAUACCGUGGCUGGUAGCGAACGAGCUGAAUCGAUGGUAUAUGUUAAGCUAAGGUUAAGUCAGGGAGUGAUGGAAAAUGGACAAAGAAUAAAUUUUCACUUUUAGUUCACGAGAGCUGUUCGAGUAGCAUUCGAUGUGUUUUGCCUUCUUUCUUUUUAAAUAAGCAUAACAUGUGUUACACAUUUGAGCAACAACAAGGUGCAACUUGAGACAAUAUAGUGAAAUCGAUGAAAUUUCUAAAGGGUGAUUUUUCAA